AUGGCCGACACACAUCAUAUGUGACAAGGGGCUUGACAUGUGAUAGGCCUAACCAUAGAAAAUAAUGGAAAAGCAUUUAUACAUUUGGUGUAUUCUCAUCUUAGUCGCUGAACAAAGUGCCCAGAUUGUGUUAGAAUGGGAUACCAACUAUGAAGUACCAAGUACUCCCCCAGCAGAUGCAGAUAGAGCAUACAAUUUGCCCUUGAAUCACAUCUCUGGAAAACCAUUAAUAGCAUGGCUAAAAGAUGGUCCCGGAGGGAACAUUAUGAACACCACCUCUGGAACUUUUAAUCUAUCAUCAGUUGACAAACUGGUACACGGAGGAGCGCCUCAGAGUGGAGACACUUGGCUUUCAAGUGGUGGCCAGCUGUGCCAGUACUCACCAAAUCAACCAUUUCCUCUUCGUUAUGAAGGGUUUUAUUGGAAAUUCAGAUGCUCCAGUAACUCGACUCCUGAUGCCAUGCUUAUAAUUCCAUUCUAUAAUGGAGAACUCCGUGCAGAUCAUUUAUAUCAUCAGCACCCACAGGACACUUUACCUCCACAGGAAAGAUAUUAUUUAAUUAAAAGUAUUGUUAAUGGAUCAACCAUAAAUCUCGCCUCUGCAAAUACCUUCACGAUUUCAAAACCAGCAAAGUUGCUAAUGUUCUCUGAAGCUCCACCAUCGACGGUUGUUGCCAAUACUAAUUUCAAUGUAUCUGUUGAAAUUUGGGCUGGUGAUAACACUACUUUAACCACAGGAAUCGAUUCUACUCUGACUUUGACUUUGCAAGUUGCAUACUUUGAGGGUCUUGUUGAGCAUUAUUCAUCAGUGCCACUGGAGGAUAUGGUCAGCGAAAUGCAUGUUCGCCUAGCUGGGGAUCAUGUUAUUCAGUCUAAAGCAACAUAUGAUUUUGUGCACAAUGAGAGAGCAGUGGCAGGCAAGGCAUCCUUCACAGGACUCAGACUUCUGGAUGUACACUCCUGUGUCAAAUUAAAUAUAACCAUGAAAAUGCCAGGCUAUCCCCAUUCCAGAUUACCCAAUACCUACACAGACAAUGCCCUGAAGUUUGUGUAUGAUAUAGCUGGAAAAAAGAAAGCAUUUGUUUACAAUGGAACCUCAGAUCCAGCAGUCUUGAUUAGUGAUUGCAUAAAUGUAACAGAACAGUCUUUGAAUAAAAUUGUGAUUAUAAGUGAUCCAUUAAAACCAAAGCAGGGUGCAAAUUUCCCCAUAGAACCAUACAUUGUUUUGGAGCUACAAGAUGCAGAUGGUCAGAGAAUCUACUCUGGAAGAGAUUCAAAUUUGAUCCUAGAUGUAAUGGUGAACAACUCAACUGUGUGUUUAUCAAAUGAUUCAGCAACUGUACAGGCCAAAGAUGGCAGAGCGGUGUUUAUUGGGUCAAUUUGUGGAACAUUCGAGCAAGUUAAAUUGACCUUUAUGGCAAAAAGUGCUAUAACAGGCACCCCGAAAUUGAGUCCUACUACAGCAGCCUUUGAUGUGACAGAUGACAUUUAUCUAGGAAAUUUCAUUAACUAUUACUCAUCUGGAUCAACCUCUGAUACUGGACCGAAUGUUGAUUCUUUUGUCUGGCAUGCAUUGGAAGAUAUAAAAGCAAAUGUUUAUUCACAUCUUAUACCAGGAAGAACUCUGCACAUUAACUCAUAUGAUACUAAAAACAACGAAGUUACUACAACUGUUCAGUUAAAUGCUAUGCUGAGAGAAGGGGAGGCAACUCCACAUAAAAGAGUCAGAGGAAUAAUUGGGCUUGGAUCCAAUACAUUAACAGAGAAACUAGCUCCAGUUCUAUUAUCUAACAAAAUACCCCAGAUUUCUACUAGAGAGGAUCAGUAUGAAUUUAAUGACAAGCAAGUGUACCCUUACUACAGCAGACUGUCCUGGAAUUUAGGCUCCUUGUCCCACAGUAUCAUGAUGGCUGCUUCAUAUCGAAACUGGAAGAAGAUGCUCAUAGUUCGGCAGUCUACUUACAGAGUUAACAACAUCCUUAUUCAGAAAGCCAAAGACUUUGGACUUGAAUUUGUUGCUGAGAUUUCUAUUCCAUUUUUGCCUCCACCACUUUAUAAAGCUGGACUAUUGCAAUCUUACAUGGACAAGAUCAAGUCCUAUGGAGUAAGAGUGAUAUGGAUGUUUAUGAUUCCACCUCUUAUGGCAUUAACACUCUGUGAGGCUCGAGACAACAACAUGACAUCAUACGAUGGUUAUCAGUGGGGAGCUAUAGGACAGUAUGGCUGGUACUUCCCAUAUGAGAACCAGUAUUAUAAAGGGUGCCGAGAUCCAAAUGCGUUGCCUUGUAGUACAGCAUUUAAAGGAUGGAUUGGAAUUGAUUCUACCUAUGAUUUGAAAGGAUUGAGCACUGAUCACUGGAAGAGAGUGAUGGAAAGACAUUUGUUUACCGACAGAAUUCAAGAAAAUUAUAGAGGAACCAACAAAAAAAACAAAUGGUUAGAGAUUUUAGCUGUGUAUGCCUUAGCUUAUGAUGCAGUGAUAGUGUAUUGUGAAGCAAUGACAGUUUUGAUGCAGAAGAAGGAAACAAUUACUGCGGACAAAUUAGUUGCUGAAAUCAGAAAGGUCACCAUAGAGGGGCUGACAGGGAACAUAACAUUUGAAGCUUCAGGAGACCGACCAGGAUUCCGAGGGUUUAUGUGUGUCGUCAAUCCCCAUCCUCUCGGAACUUAUGCUCCUGCUUCACAUACUGCGGUUUUUGCAAGAACAUUUAUCUUGGAAAAUACAGCUGCCACCACUCAGUUAGAAGUACCUAUGCAAGCAAAGAGACCUUUAAGUCUUCCACCAUACAACCAUAUAGUCGCAAAUUUCACUUCACCAGAGUCAGAUUUUAAAAAUAAAUUUCUCUACAACAGCUCUACUGGAAUGAUCAGUGCUUUUACACAACAAAUUGUACCUAUACCUCCUGACACAGCCCCACCACAAAUGGAGGAAAAGGAAGACUAUGCCAUAGCUCCCUUCUACUGUAAUGGUGGAUGUGGUGGAAAUAACACAGAUGAAUUUGACAUCACAAAAUACGAGUUUGGAAAAUGUAUAUCCAUGGAUAAAUGCGACUGCAAUGAUGGAUAUUAUGGUGACAACUGUGAGAAGAUGGUGUGUACAUGUCUAAAUGGAUAUUGUACUGUUCCCAAGAAUUGUACUUGUGAUGCAGGUUGGUAUGGUGACCGAUGCCAACACGCCAUUUGUAGUGCCUGUGUGAAUGGAAGGUGUACGUCCCCUGAGAUCUGUACCUGUGACUCCUCCUAUACAGGGGCCGCCUGUGAUAGCUCACUAGUGGUGGUCAUAGUGGUGCCCAUCCUGGUCGUGUCCAUCGUUAUUGUUGUUGCCGUGUUUGUUGGAAGAUGGUUGCUAAGGAGGCUUCAUUUGAAGAGUGCCCUUCAGAACUUGGACUGGCUGGUCAAGUUUGAUGAAGUAAUGAUAGGAGAUGCUCGAGCUCUCAGUUUUGUGUCCACAGCAGGAGAAGAUCUAGCAAUAUCCAACAAGUCUAAUAUCUGUACUUGGAGGAGUCAGAAAUGUUACAUGCAGAAAUUCAACUGUGAUUCCCUCGCUGUGGAAAGUGAAGACCUGAGGUUUGAAAUUAUCAAGAUGAAAGAAACACGUCAUAAUAAUCUUAUUCAGUUCAUUGGAGCUUGCCUUGAUUUUCCUAAUGUUUGUGUUCUGACAGAAGUUGCUCCUAAGGGCAGUAUUGAAGAUCUCCUCCUGAAUGAUUCUGUCAAACUUGGAUGGGACUUCAGGUUUUCUCUGCUGAAGGAUAUUUGCAGGGGAAUGGAGUUUUUACAUCGAUCGGAUAUUGGAUCCCAUGGGAGACUAAAAUCUUCUAAUUGUGUUGUAGAUAACAGAUGGACAUGCAAAAUAACAGGAUUUGGACUUCCAACUCUCAGAUAUGAUGGACCCAGAAGAUACUAUGGUGAAUCACAUAGUCCAAAACUCAGCAAUAUGUUUUGGACAGCUCCUGAAUUGAUACCAGGGUGCAAUACAUUAGAUGAUGUCAGAUGUGGAACUAGAGCAGGCGAUGUUUAUUCCUUUGCAAUCAUUAUGGUUGAGAUGUGCACGAGAGAAGAACCUUAUACAAAAGAACUUAGUUUUAUGGAUCCUGGCCAGGUUCUUCAGCUAGUUAUAGACAAAGAUGCACCAUCUGCUGUUGAGGCUAAGAAGGCUUGGUUUAAAAGUGGAGGAGAUACAACAAAACCUUUCCGUCCAGAACUGGAAGACAGUUACCUCCCAGAAGAAUAUGCUGCCAGAUCAGGAAUGAGAAAGUUGAUUGCCCAGUGUUGGAAUGCCAAGCCAGAUAUACGACCAACCUUCAGACAAACCUUGGACAGGUUGAAUGAAAUCUUCCCAGUAAAGGGAGAACUGAUCGACAAUCUUGUCAACAUGCUGGAGAAGUACUCCAGUAAUUUAGAAGCCAUAGUAGCCGAUAGAACAAGGGAACUUGUAGCAGAAAAAGCAAGAACAGAAGAACUUAUUAGUCAAAUGUUGCCAAAGAAAGUUGCAGAAGAUUUAAAGCAUGGUAAAACUGUGGAGCCUGAAGCAUUUGAAUGUGUCACAAUCUAUUUUAGUGACUUGGUAGGAUUUACAGCCAUUGCCAGAGACAGUACUCCAUUCCAAGUAGUAACACUGCUCAAUGACCUCUACACAUGCUUUGAUGCCAUUUUAGACCACUAUGAUGUAUACAAAGUGGAGACAAUUGGAGAUGCUUAUAUGGUUGUGAGUGGAUUGCCCAUCAGGAAUGGCAAUCUCCAUGCAGGGGAGAUAGCUACUAUGUCCCUGGAACUGCUGUCUUCUGUGCUGACAUUUAAGAUCAGACACAUGCCAGAGAAAUUCCUUCAACUCCGUUGUGGAAUGCACUCGGGACCAUGUGUAUCGGGAGUUGUUGGAUUGAAAAUGCCGAGGUAUUGUCUGUUUGGAGACACUGUGAACACUGCAUCCAGAAUGGAGUCCAGUUCAGUAGCUCUAAGAGCUCAUAUGAGUGAAAGUACUGCAAAGAUACUGGAAGAGUUGGGAGGCUACCAUCUAGAGUGUAGAGGGGAAAGAGAAGUCAAGGGAAAAGGAAUCAUGAAAACAUAUUGGUUGAAUGGAAAAGAUGGAUAUGACAAACCAUUACCAGGAAGAGAUAUUGCGGUAUCAUUGUCUCAGCAUGAGUUCAAGUAGUCAGAAGGAGAACAAAGUUACUUCUUCAAAGUCUAUCCUUUACCAGGAUGAUGAAAUGAUUAGCCCAUAAACGUAAACAUCUGAGCUACGUACAUCAUGACAAGAGUGUACUUGGAUAUUUCCAUAGAGAUUAUGUUUUCCAUUGAGAUUUUGUAAAGUAUAUGUCUGCAGUGCAAAACAAUUUUGUCUCUGUCUUCUGUGAAUCAAAGUUAAGACUAGAACAAAGAAGCCACCAUUUUGAAAAGACCUUUGUCUCGCCAACCGUUAACAUAUUUGUUGAAAGAUCUUGUUCAUUGAAAAUGGAGAGAGAUUAGAGGAUAUGGACAUUGUCACAAUUCAAUUUACAGUACAUUUCAGUUAAAUAUAUGUUGUAAUUUUUUAUGUACAUUUAUGAACAGUGAUUUAUAAAUCAUCAAAUUAUAGCAUUUAUAUCAAUCUCAAAUAACACUUCCUGAUCAAAAAGUAGGUCCAUACUUCUGGCAUUAUUUACUUUUUCUUCUUAACUCUUUAAAGCAUUUCAAAAAUGAAUAAAAACAUGCAAAUACAAUAGACUGAGACAUAAUGGAGUUGAUUAAGACCAUUUGAAAUUGUUUCUUUUUAUUGCUAUUUAUAUACAGUCAUAGUUUUCAACAUUCUUCCUUUUUCAUGAAAUAGGCAUAUGUUGCAAACAAAGUUGACAAGUUUUAAUGCAAAGUAUUAUAUAUAUUCAAUAUCUAAGAAUGACUUGAAAAUUUUGUGAGAAUUAAAGAAAAUAAGACAUGUACCGCAAGUUGAUUUGUGGCAUGCGGCUCAUUGUCCAUGGUCUGUCAUUUAAAUUACUUCAGUAUAAAAGUAGAUCUUGACUUUUAGAUGCACAUUGCAUGAAAUGACAUCAGAAUAUGUUAGCAACUUGUUAGUGUAAGGUUUGCUAUUUGCGGGUUAAAAUAUUGUUUUUUGAUGCAUAGAUGUAUAUAUACCUUCUGCACUCUAUAGAGUACAUUAUUUAUAGACAUGUGAAUAAAAAAUAUUUAUAUUAUAGUCAUAAAUACAUCAGAUUUGGGGAAGGCAUUUUAGAUUUUAUAUUUGAUUUAAAAUUGAUAAAAUAUAUCUCGAUUGAUUAAGAAACAAAUAUGAUAUUCUUACUGUAAAUUAUUUUUGAUACUUGUAUUGUAUUGAAGCAUGAGAAUGGACACAUUACAGAAUGUAAAAAGCACUGCAUGGGUUUAUGUGCUACAAAAAGAGAUCAGGGCAUUUAAUUUUCUGUCAUAUUUGAAAAACCUUUUAUUUUUUCUAAACAUUUGAUUAGUCUAAUGGAAUUAUUUGUGAAUAUGUUUUUAUCCAACCCAAAAUUAUACAGUUCUACAGGUAAAUGCUAAACAUAUUUAGGUAUUGUAAAAGGGAAAGCAUCUUGGGGAAAAAAAAGUUUGAAUAUACAGUUUGUAGAGAACACAUUAAGGCACUUUUUUGUUUUAGACUGUAAAAGUACAUUAUUGUGGAUUUUAUCUUGUUACCCAAUUUCACUUAUAUAUAUUUUUUUCUAUUCCAUUGAAAAAGAAGGUACAGUUUCUUUAAAGAUACGCCCUAAAAUUGAAAAAUUCCCAAGCUUUUACAUUCUUGAAAACAUGUAUGUGAAAAAGUACCGGUACAUGAAACAUGUUGUGUACUUUCAUUCUGUUUCCAGAAGUAAAUGAUGAAUUUAACAAUAUGUCAUAUUCCUUAGAUCUAGUAAAAAUGAUGAAAAAAUCAUCAACAAAAUUAAUAUCUUUAAUGUGAAAUUGCAUAGUAAAAUUGAAAUUUCAUUCUAAAUACAUAAAUUUCCUAUUAAAAAAAACUAUUGAAAAUGAUGUCUUCUGCUAAGUUUUACAAAAAGUGCAGGAAAAUCACCUUUUUUUAUGAUGUCGCAAUUACUCUAUUAUUUAUAGAUUUUUUAUUUUUGAAUAUGACUUUAAAACAGGGCAAAAUAUGAAAAACUGUACCUUCUAUUGGAAUAAGAUUUUUUUUCUCUUAUUUCUUUGUCUUUGCAAGGGUGUAAUGAAUAAAUAAAGUGUCUUGUUUAAAAAAAAUUCAGUCUGAGUGAAUGUAAUGUUUGUUGAUGUUUGAAUUGAGAAUGUCAUAAAAGGAAACCAUUUCUUUGUGGUAUUUAGUUAUUUGGAUUAAGAAUUCAAUAAAUAAAUUUUGUAAAAUUCAAAACAUUUUCCUUCGUUUUUUUACCAUAGUAUUAGUUAUUGACCAGUAUAACAGGACACCGUUGAGAGGUGACCAUCUAAAAGGGCCACACUUAUAAAAAGGACAAUGGGAUGAGCAUUUUGAAGGAAUUUUCUUUGACCUUAAGGCAUUGCACUUUAAUACAAGCUCAUUGCUCAUCCCUUACCUACAGAAAUCCUAUAGGUUUAAUUUGAGCACAAAUU